UUGAAGAGAGCAGAUGGAGACUCGUUCAUCUUAUGAGCACAGAAGUUGGGGAAAAUAUUUUAACCUCACCGUAUACGAUUUCUGACAUUUUAAACAUAAUAUGUCUAUGAAGUUUUUAAGUGAAAGACACGUAAAGUGAGUUUAUGUUUACAAUUGACGUCAGCAGCAUGCAUAGAUGUAAACACAGUUCGUUCACAUGGACAGUGUUUAUAUCAUUCCUGAUGAUAAAACAGCUGCAGUCUGUUAUAUCUUCAUCUGUGGAGGUUCAAGUGAAUGUUGACAAGCGGCUACGAAACUUGAAGCACUUUUGGAGAAGCACUGGAUUCUGCCCUCCACUGCCACACACUGAUGCACUCCUGUACGAUCUCAGUCCAGACCAGCGGAUGAAUCUGGCGUUGAUCGGCUCUGUGCCACACAGAGGAAUCCAGCAGGUGCGGAUACACUGGAUGCUGGAGCUGGUGUCGGCACGAGUUAACAGUGGAGAAUAUCACUACAACUUCACUCACUUAGACCAGCUGAUUGACCUUCUCUGGCAGAACGGACUGCAGCCGGGGUUUGAACUGAUGGGCAGUGUGUCCAACACCUUCAGCAACUUUGAAGACAAAAGACAAGUUACUGAAUGGAGAAAUUUGGUCUAUUUGAUCGCCAAAAGAUACAUAGGGAAAUAUGGCCUCCGCUUUGUCUCUCAGUGGAACUUCGAGACGUGGAAUGAGCCGAACAACCACGACUUUGACAACAUCACUGUGUCAAUCCAAGGGUUUCUAAACUAUUACGAUGCCUGCUCUGAGGGCCUUCGUGCGGCGAGUCCAGUCUUGAAGUUCGGGGGUCCUGGAGACUCCUGUCGUUCUCCACCCCGCUCGCUGUACUGCUGGGAGAUGCUGCAGCACUGUUACAACGGCACAAACUACUUUACUGGAGAGACCGGCGUACGGCUAGACUACAUCGCGCUACACAAGAAGGGAGGUGGAAGCUCGUUGCCCAUCCUGCAGCAGGAAGUGGCCACUGUACGCGAGAUCCAGCAGCGGUUUCCACAGUUUGGGUCUGUGCCGAUCUACAAUGACGAGGCUGAUCCGCUGGUUGGCUGGAACAAACCGCUCACCUGGAGAGCGGAUGUCACCUAUGCAGCCAUGGUGGUUAAGGUCAUCUCACAGCAUCAAAACCUGCUCAUCGCUGACCAGAACAGUACGGUCAACUACACGCUGCUUAGCAACGACAAUGCUUUCCUUAGUUACCACCCACACCCGUUUACCCAGCGCACGCUCACCGCUCGAUUCCAGAUCAACAACACGAACCCGCCACACGUACAGUUUCUGCGGAAACCUGUCCUGACUGUGAUGGGCCUGUUGGCAUUGUUAGGUGAGACUCAGGUGCAGGCUGAGGUGUUGACUGUGAAUUCUUCAGUGGGUGUGUUGGCCACCGUUCACGUCCCUCAGGUGCGCUACACAGCCGAUAGCUGGCAGACCACCGUCCUGCUGUAUAACAGCAGAGAUAACCAGACCUCCUCCACCGCUGACAUCAUCAGUCUGCGCCUCACUGGAAUACCUCAACAUAUGGGUCUGAUGUAUGUGACACACUACAUGGAUAAUAACGUGACAAACCCAUUUAAACUGUGGGAGAGCAUGGGCAGCCCUGACUAUCCCAAUGAACAGCAGUUCAAAACCCUGCGGAGCCAAGAGGACCCACAAACUGAUGGACCUCUGCCGGUCCCAUCCAAUGGCUCUCUGAUGCUGAAGACAAUCCUUCCUGUCCCCUCAGUGCUGCUUGUACACGUGUGUGCCCAGUCUAAAGAAAAACCCAACCAGGUGAACGGGGUGCGUUUCAUCACCGUCACCAAAGGACAAGUUUUAAUCACUUGGAAGGAUCACUGCAUCGGGACGAAGUGUAUAAAGACAUACGAAGUGGAAUUUUCCAAAGAUGAGACCACUUUCCAGAGGAUUAAUCACAGAGACACUAUUUUCACAUACUUCACUUUUUCUCCAGAGAGUCUGGAGGUCAGGGGUUACUACAGAGUGAGAGCCGUGGAUUACUGGGGAAGAAAUGGAGAAUAUUCUGUCACAGAGAAAUAUUCAGAGAACCGGUAGUCUUGAUCAGCCAGACUUUUGACUGUGUCCACAGGGGUUAUUAUAGUUAAAGGGAUAGUUCACCCAAAAAUUGUUUUAACUUCUCACCCUCAUGUCAUUCCAAACCUGUAAAUCUUUCGUUCAUCUUCAGGAAGAAAAUUAACAUCUUUCCAUUGACAGUUAUGCAACUUUCACUUUCAAGCCCCAGAAAGUUAGUAAAGACAUAAUCUAAGCAAUCUUCAUUUGUGUUCUAAAGAUGAGCGAAACUCACAUUUUUGGAUGAACUACCUAAAAAAAUGAACAAAAACUAAGUACGUCAAUGACACUAAAAUAACUGUCCACAUAUAUUAUAGUUUACUUGGUAUCUUAUUUUAACCAAGAAACAUUAAUAAAUAUAAGAUGAUAUUGGAUUGACCAACAUGAAGUUCCUCAAACGAAACUCUUCAGUAUAAAAUAUUUGAUAGCACUAACCUAUCUUUGACAAAUACAGUAACUAGAUUGUAAAAAGCAUACAACUUAAAAACAAUUUAACCAGCAGACUUAUACAAGUCUGUGCACCCUAUCAACUGAAGUUGCAUAAAGCCAGGCAAUCACAUUAGGGAUCGCCACAACAAGAAUUGUUUUUUUUUCCCAGUUUGGAUAAAAAAUGGAUUGGUUAAUGUUAGAAUUGGUUUAUGUUUAAAUGGAGUUUUAUUUACAGGAUUUUCCAGAAGAAUUAUUGUUUAAUUUAAAAUGCUGCUGUCUCAGUUAUACUUUGCACCACUUGGACAUAUCAAUUAUUUUUAUACAUCAAAAUUAAACCAAGAAAUAGGGGUUAACAGUUUAUUAAUAAAUAUUGGUGGGGAUGUUUACCAAAGUGAAACUCUGAUUCAGUGUAUAUUUAACUUUGCAUGUACUGCAUCUGUAUCACGUUGCAAUCAAAGAUUCUUCAAUUAAAGAACAAACCAGGGUCAUAUCAGAGAAAAUUUAUACAAGGUCAUACACACAUAUUUGCAUGUACUCAGUGA